CCGAGCAACAGGCUGUGAUUUAAUCAAAGAAAAUAAAAGUUCUAUGUAUUAGUGUCAAUUGUAAUGCAUAAAAGGUGGACUGGAAUGAAAAGGAAGGAACAGCCAAUUAGGAACAGGAAAAGAAAAUAGCAUCUUGAAACUGGGGUGCUGUGUAGGCGGACAGCCCAUGGUGAUGACCCCCAGCAACAGGCUGUGACAUCACCGGGUGACGGAUUGUGACUGCUCAGCCCUCACUGCUCAUAGUGGGGUGCGGGCAGAGCCUGGCUCAGUCUGGCUCGUUCCUGGACCCUGCUGAGCAGCUCUGCGAGGCUUGGAGGUUCUUCGAGCAAGGUUUUGGCUGUGCUGUGCUAGGUUGUGCCUGGGGCUGCUCGCAGCAUCUCAGUGCCUGACCCACAGCAUCGCUUCUGUUUCCCCGGCCCUGCCCAGUGCAGGCAGCUGGGACUCUACUGAGUGCACCCGCAGCAGCGGAGUGAGACACCACCGCUGCAGCUCUGGUGAAGGAGAACAACUGGUCAUCCUCAGUUCUCCCAGCCAGCUUCAGUGAGAGGAACAUGUCUGCGGAAGAGGAGUGGACAUGUUCCAUCUGUCGUGAUGUGCGACAGGACAUGGCCCAUGCAAUUCCAUGUAAUCACACGUUCUGCCUGGGCUGCAUCCAUCGGUGGGCGACUGUGAGGGACAGCUGCCCGCUGUGCAGGACGGCCAUGCGGACCAUCCGGGUCUGCGUGCGGGGAGACAAUCAGUUCGUGGACUGCAUCGUGUCCCCGCCCGCAGUGCCGGUGCCCGUCGGCUUCAUCACCAGCACCGGCCGCAGAGGUGCUGCGGCAUCUGCUCCAUUGCCAGCUGUGCAGAGGGAUGUGGGAGCAGCGAGAGUGGGUGGCCUCCUGCCCGAGGAGUGGGCAGCACUCUUCAGGGAGAGACGUGACCUCCUCUUCCCAGUGCAGCCCUGGAUACAGGACAUCUUCUCCCAGAUCCAGGAGCUGCCCUGGUGGCAGAUCUGUGGGCUGGAGAGUGUGAUCCUGGCUCUUCUGUGCCGAGUGGGGCUGAACAGGGAUGCCCUGGUGUACCACGCACAGCCCACCCUGGGACCUAUCACGGCAGCAUUCAUGGACGCGCUCAUCGAAGUCAUCGUGAGGUAG